CACCCGGAAGCCGGUAGCCGGUGGUUUCCACAGCUGUGUGCUCGAGUUUUUAUUUAUCUGGGAUGCAAAAUAUUCACCAACGAGCUUGUAGAAAAAUAGGAAAGUACUUAAAAAUCUACAGCGACAUUUUCAACUCAAGACUUCUCCGAGAAACCACCGUCCAAAGGCGUAAAUUUACUUCUUCGUCUCCUAAGAUGGCACCAAGAAACUCUCCAAGAAACCUCCGCGUUCUCCUGGACAUGGACGGUGUUCUGGCUGACUUUGAGGGACAGUUUCUGAAGAACUUUCGCGAGAAAUACCCACAGGACCCUUUCGUUCCGCUAGAGGAUAGAUCUGGCUUUUACGUUACGAAACAGUACUACGCCCUUGGACAGGAUAUUGGGACCAAAGCUUUUGGAAUCUAUGAAGAAAAGGGUUUCUUCCUGAGUCUCCAGCCCAUAGAAGGAGCCAUAGAAGCUGCCAGGGAGAUGGCUGACAUGGAGGGAGUGGAUGUUUAUAUCUGCACAAGCCCCAUCAAGAAAUACACACAUUGUGUUGUAGAAAAGUACCAGUGGUUAGACAAGCACCUGGGGAAGGAGUGGAUGGAGAGAAUGAUUCUCACCAGGGACAAAACUGUCAUUAAUGGAGAUCUGCUCAUAGAUGAUAAACCUAAUAUCACAGGAGGCAUGAGCCCUCCCCAGUGGCAGCAUGUCCUGUUCACCUCCUGGCACAACCGAGACGUGACUCUCCAGGGCGGCCAGGUCAGGCUGGACGGGUGGCUGCCUCACAGCGGCUGGAGGGAUAUACUCGAGCGGAAGAGACAAGAAAUAAACAAAUAAACAUAAAAAUAUAAAAAUAUCUGAUCGUUAGGGUCAAGUAUUGGUGCUAACGGCUCGAGGUUAGCCUCUACCAGGCUCACAGGGCUGCUGGAGAAAUAGUCGAGAGUUAUAGCCUGUAUCAGGCUACGGGAGGCGGCUUGAAGGAGUAGAAAUUGGCCAAAUAGAGAGAUAACAUGCAUGCCAGGUGUGCGGCAAAAUGUACUCUCUAGCGGACCAACUGCCUCGGCAUGUUAUCUCUCUAUUUGGCCAAUUUCUACUCUUUCCAGUUGAAGCCUGGUAGAGGCUAGUGGAAAGUGGACAAAUAGUCUGAAUAGCUUUCCAGAAGAGUAGGCUACAAAUUGUACCUUCUAGUCGGCUAGUUCCUCUGCUAUGUCUAUUGGGCCAUUUUCUACUUUUUUUUUCAAGCUACAAUGUACCUCGGAAGCCUGGUAGAGGCUAGCUCUGAGAUCUGUUUUUGAAGAAGAUAGAUGUAGCAAGUCUACCUCUCAUUUUUAAUCAUAGAAUGUAACUUAAUGUAAGGAUAAGAAAAACUGUGAAUUGUUGAUCAAUCUGACAUUUAGUAGCAUUUACAGGUUUUACAAAAUUUUCGACCGGUAUUUUAUCAGGAAUUGUGAUUAUUGUGUAGCAGCCAGCUGAUGAUGUUUUAUCAGCAUUAUGCAGUCAAGUUGACUUUGACUGUCAUACCACAAAUGCACAGUAGAAUUUUAAGUAAUUUAUUGGUCAUGAAAAAUGUAGAAAGUAAAGUAUUGAACAAGCCAGGAUCUUCUCAGUCGUAUUAAGUGUUAGCACUCAAACACAUAAUGAUCAGUGACAAAGAAAAAGUUGCAACUUUUAAUUGCACCAUGAGUGAUUAAGAUAUUUGAGAUUUUCCAUCUUUAUAUAACGUUAACAAAUAUACAUUUUGGAGUACUAGGGUAUCAAAAAGUAUAUUGCAGUGCAAUGUUACGGGCAAGACACUUGAAUCAAUAAA